AUGUCAUUGAAUAUCCCUCAUCCGAAGCCAUCAGUCGGCGAGCGCAGAGGGCACCGACUGGCGCCCCUGCAGACGAAUUUCAGCCGGCCUACAUCACAAGCAGUUGCGGUUCCUGCGCGCCCUCCACGACCAUACAGACCCCGACCGGAAGAAUACCCAGAGAUUGCUGAGCAAGUCGACCGGGUGCCAUUGCAGCCCAAUGUGAAGCGGCAAUCAUCCAAGUCCGGACUUCGCAGCCUCUUUGGCCGCGACAAGCCUCGCAAGUCAGAUACUAAGCUCCCUCACAUCAACGAGUUGAAGCAUCCCACGACCCACCCAACACCAUCUCGAUCCACUACCAUGACCGACUCACCCUCGUGUGCUACGCCGAAAACUCUCAUCUCCCACUCCCUGGUGGCCUCCCCUACAUCCGAAUCACACCACUCGAUACCUCCUCCAGCCAGAAAUCAUACCCAUUCGAUUGAAGACCGGUCUACAGUGAGUGACACGGUCUGGAAACCUCCACCCUUGUUCCAAGCCUACCCGCAGGCCAUUAAGCAUGACAGUCUCCCUGCACCUGCACUAUCGGCAGACUCCAUCUUGCGUUUUCAGGGCUCGAAUGCGAAGAGCAGCUCCCGAGACGAAGACCGCCAGGGCGGCCAUCCCCACAGAGGCGAUACCGCGGAAGACUUGGCGGCUCGCAUGAAGAAGGAGGAAAAGGAGAAAUCGAAGCACAUGCGCUCUCUUUCGGAGACGAUCGGGAAGUCUGAAUGGACGCAAAAGGUAUACAUCCUCUCGACCUCGGGCUACAUCCUGCAGUACGCCGGCAGUGGCAAGCAUGACCGGUUACCAGAGAAGAUGCUGUUGUUGGGACCGAAAUCCGUCGCGUUUGCCAGCGACGCAAUUCCCGGCCGCCAUUGGGUCCUCCAAGUAUCCCAGGCCUCAGAGGAGGAUGGAGCUGCUGUUGAUUCGUCGCGUCAUCGCUUCUCGCGUUUCGGCUUCCACCGCUCUCAUGCGCGCCGCCUGGCUCGCAGCUUCUUGCUCAUCUUCAACAAUCCCGAAGACCUCAGCUCAUGGCUGCUUGCGGUGCGUGCUCAGAUCGAGGCCCGUGGUGGGAAGAAGUACGUAUCGGAGAAAUUAUAUGACGAGGAAUUGGAGCAUCAACUGCACCCCAAGACCAGCACGCGACAACUGGUUAAAAGAGAUCCCAACAGAUUUUCCCAGGUUUACCUACAACCGCAGCUGGUUGUCACCGAUUCAAAAGAUGUAAACCGAAGCGACCAGUCCCUCCGGAGCUCGCCUGUUUCGUCCAAUCCCCCGGUCGACAUCCAACCUAACUCGGAAUCUCGCUCCGCGUCGGUAUCUACCACGCAUACAGAAAUGACUGCAGCGAGUGCAGCCCGAGAAAGCGACAGUCGUUGUAUCUACCCAAGAUAUCUGACACACCAGAGUCCUCAGACCAGCUGCGAUCACAGUCGACAGUACCGGGAGCCGGUUAUUCGAAGCACAUCACCGCCGGCCCCGAAUUUCAGCGUGCCCUCAUUCAGUCGAAGAUUUGCUGCGAAAACACCCCGACCCCCUCCCUCCCAGUCCCAUGGGCCUGCCAGCCCUAGUGAAGAGCAUAACUCGACCACUACUGCCCUGUCUUACUUCCCUUCUCCACCAUUAUCUCCAGUCAAGAGCAUAGAUAGUCUUGCGUGGAGCGAGUCGCCAGACCAACACCCAGCAUUUCAGACGCUGCCUAGGAGGCGAUCGCUGCGCGCAUCUAACUCCGAGGCUUCUCUGGCUGACCCCGCGCGGAUGCAGAGCCGCAAGCUUCACCGCAUGUCGAGACUUGCCAGCCGGCACGAUACGGCUGCGUCUGGCACCCCCGAGUCACGACCACUGAGUCUCGUCAGCGACGGAUGUGUAGAAGACGCCAUCCAGCUCCCUGCUCAACUGCCACCAGAACCCGGAAGCACAUCGCACCGCCGGGAACAGCAACGGAACCGAGUCUCCAUGCUUCGCACUGUCGACGGGGACGGCCGCGCUGGCGCAGCUGUGUCACGGCGCAAAAGCCUGCCGGGGCUUGCAAUCGGUCCACCCAGCGCUCCCCCUCCGAACUGCCCGCUGCCUAAAAUUCCAUCCCCGGGCGACGCUCCCACUGCGGCUCUGCCCGACCUGCCUUCCCCUGAUCGAAACUCCUGCAAAUCACCACCAUUGGCUGGUGCGCGUCCGCGUCGGAAAAGCGUCGUGAGCACGAUGCCGCGCAUCGCUCCUGUUCCGCCGCCUCCCAGCAUUGGUUCGCGGCAGUCACAUGUUCUCACAUAG